AUGGCUCCCAUAUCGAAGGAGACUGACCUUCUGGUCAUUGGUGGUGGAAGUGGGGGUCUUGGUUGCGCACGCAUGGCCAGCGGCAAGUUUGGUGCCAAAGCCAUGAUCGUCGAAGCCGGGCGCCUCGGUGGUACCUGUGUAAACGUCGGUUGCGUACCUAAAAAAGUCACCUUCAAUGCCGCCGCCCUCGCCGAGGCCAUCCACGACGCCAGAGCCUACGGCUUCUCGGUCCAAGAAACCAAGCCGUUCGACUUCACCACGUUCAAGCACAAGCGGGACGCCUACGUCGAGCGGCUGAACGGCAUCUAUGAACGGAACCUGGCCAAAGACAAUGUGGAGUACGUGCACGGGUGGGCGAGGCUGCUGAAUCGGAACGAGGUCGAGAUCACGCUGGACGACGGUUCCAAGACCACCGUCCGCGCCAACAAGAUCCUCGUCGCCGUCGGCGGCCAGCCCAUCAAGCCCUCGCCCGGCGAGAUCCCCGGCGCCGAGCACGGCAUCGACAGCGACGGCUUCUUCGACAUCGAAGUCCUGCCCAAGAAGGUCGCCCUCGUCGGCGCCGGCUACAUCGCCGUCGAGUUCGCCGGCAUGCUCAACGCCUUCGGCACCGAGACCCACCUGUUCAUCCGCGCCAACACCUUCUUGCGCCACUUCGACCCCAUGAUCCAGGAGAGCCUCACCGCCGAGUACGAGCGCAUCGGCGUGCACCUGCACAAGGAGUCCAGCCAGAGCAAGGUCGAGAAGGACCCGAGCACGGGCAAGCUGACGCUGCACUACAAGGACAGCAACGGCGAGGGCAAGCUCGAGGACAUCGACCACCUGAUCUGGGCCAUCGGCCGCACUCCCAUGACCAAGAACAUCGGCCUCGAGGAGGCGGGCGUCAAGCUCGACGAGAGGGGGUACGUCGUCACCGACGAGUAUCAGAACACGACCGUGGACAACAUCUACGCGCUCGGCGACGUGUCGGGGCGGGUGGAACUAACCCCGGUGGCCAUCGCCGCGGGCCGACGUCUCGCGGAGCGGCUGUAUGGCGGGGAGCAGUUCAAGGCGGCGCGGAUCGACUACGACAACGUGCCGUCGGUGGUGUUCGCGCACCCGGAGGUAGGCAGCAUCGGGCUGACGGAGCCGGAAGCGGUGGAACGAUACGGGCGGGACAACCUGAAGGUCUACCAGACGAGCUUCACGGCCAUGUACUACGCCAUGAUGGAGCCCCAGGACAAGGCGCCCACCAAGUACAAGGUGAUCUGCGCGGGGCCCGAGGAGAAGGUCGUCGGCCUGCACAUCAUGGGCCUCGGCUCCGGCGAGAUGCUGCAGGGCUUCGGCGUCGCCGUCAAGAUGGGCGCCACCAAGAAGGACCUCGACGCGUGCAUCCCCAUCCACCCCACCAGCGCCGAGGAGCUGGUUACUUUGAAGUAAACAGAUACCUACCUACUUACCUACCUACCUAACCUUGUACAGAGGAAAAGAAGAAGAAGAAAAAUCGAAAAGGAAUAGCUAGCUCAAGGAAUGAGAAGGAAAUGGGUCUUGAUACCCGGUAGAUAUAUAGAUAUAUAUAUAGAUAGAUGUAACCAAACCAAUGAAUGAAUGUAUGAUAUAGAAUUAAGCUAGCUCAAUAGACGCUCUCCAAGCCCAGCAAGAAAUGGAUAUCAAGUUAAAUCACCUAC